AUGUUCUGUAGACGGUCUAGAUUAGCACGAUCAGCUUUAGUAAGCAGACCCCAGCUUAUUGGGGCUAAUCACUCUCACGUGCAAAGACCAACUAUUCUUCAUUGCGCACUCAAGAAGAACACGGGCGCAACUCACCCAGCCUACCGCACCUUUACUACAGUACCUACGUCCAACCCUAUACCUGACACCCACAAACGUUCCUUUGGCCAACCAACCGUCCAUACACACCCCUAUCUGAUCAACAAAAACGACCUAACACCCGGAAUACCUAAAACCGAGUAUGAACUUCGACGCACAAUCCUAAUGAGCUCCCUUCCAAAGGGCAGCACGGUAGUCAGUGUAGGCUACAAAACUCGCUACAUGACCAACAAUAUUUUUUAUCAAUUCCACCAAAAUACAGACUUUUGGUAUCUAUCUGGAUUUAAUGAGCCUGACUCUGCCAUGAUUCUACGCAAAGGAUACAAGCAAAUAAUGUUCGUUCCUCCAAAAUCUGCUCAUGCUGAAUUAUGGGAUGGCCCUCGUACUGGUGUUGAAGGUGCCAAAGAAAUAUUUGGAGCAGACGAGGCUUAUGAUAAUUCUCGAUUUACUUCAUUUCUCAAAGAUGCAAUGAAUGCAGAUCAUCUAUUCAUCGAUAGCCCUUCGGUUAACCCAUCCUUGCUAGAGAGAGUAUCACCCGAAAUGUCAUUUAACUCUCUGUUUCUUUAUUUGGUAGCCAAAUUCAGGAAAGCACUCAAACCUCUUAGUAUUCUUAUCCAGGAAUUGAGAAUAAUCAAGAGUGAUAAUGAGAUUGAUAUUAUGAAGAAGUCGGGUCAAAUAAGUUCAAAGGCUUUUAUUCAGGCCAUGAAAUGGACACAACCAGAAUUCUCGGAAGCUCAACUAUGGGCUAAACUUGACUAUGAGUGCCGUAUGCGAGGAUCAAGCAUGUUGGCAUAUAUUCCUGUGGUUGCUGGUGGACCCAAUGCUUUGUCUUUGCAUUAUGUUCGUAAUGACAUGAAGCUUAGAGACGGUGAUUUGGUAUUAGUGGAUUGUGGCGGUGAAUACAAUGGAUAUGCCAGUGACAUUACCCGCACCUGGCCUGUGAACGGCAAAUUUACUGAACCCCAACGUGAAAUCUAUCAGGCUGUUCUCAAUGUGAACAAAGCCUGUAUUAAAAUGUGUACUGAAAAUGCCAAACUGUCUCUCCAUGCUAUUCACACAGAAUCCAUGAAAUUAAUGAAGCGCGAGCUUGAUGCUAUUGGAUUUUCUGUUACAAAUUCAGACCUUGAGAACAUGCUUUAUCCUCACCAUGUAGGUCACUACCUCGGUUUGGACGUUCAUGAUCUACAUGACAUUACUCGUUCACGCAGGUUGAAAAAGAAUAUGGUGAUUACCAUUGAGCCAGGACUGUAUAUUCCCUAUGAUAAGAAAUUCCCCAGCAAAUACCAUGGUAUUGGUGUCCGUAUUGAGGACAAUGUUGUUAUCGGAGAAGAAACUCCUUAUGUUUUGACGGCAACAGCACCAAAAGAAGUUAUAGAUAUUGAAUACUGCUGUAAAAGUACAUCAGAAUAA